AUGGCAGCAUUUAGCUUGACCUCCGACAGGCAAUUCGUCGCCGGCUUGAAAGACGAUCCAAACCUCUACGUGUACGAGUACCUCGGCGACCUCAACGAAUCCACCAUCAUCCGGCCGGGACAGCCAUGGUCCAGCGAUGGAGUCAUAAUCGGCCCUUCUCAGCAAACCAAGUUCAAGGCCCUAGAAGUGUUCGGCGUCAUCAUCAGCGACAAUCUCUUCACGGAGCUCGUGUGGGACUUGAACCUCAAAGGAUACAACGGCCAGACCUUCCGCCUCGUGGUGAAUCGUCGAGGCUGUUGCCUGCUCGACAGGGUGAACGAUCCGCCGUCGUUCGCGAUGCUCAGGAUCCACGACUGCUUCGGCUGGUCCAAGAAGGAGCUGGAGUGCACGAAAGAGAUGGUGAAGAAGAGCGGGGAGGCCGAGUCUCUGUUGAAUCGGUUCGUGGAAGAGAAGGAGAAGGAGGUGGAGAGAGUGGUGAAGAUGCAAUCGGCGAUGCACGAGAAGGAAAUGGAGCUGGCUAAGGAAAAGGUGAAGAGAGGGGAGGAGAUCGAGUUGUUGCUGAGGAAGUCGGUGGAAGAGAAGGAGAAGGAAAUGGAGAAGACGAGCAAUCUGCUUGCUGCCGAAAGGAAGCAAGUUGCUGGCCUUAAGGCUGCCAUUGCCACCUUCGUUGAUGGUUAA